GUAACCGUGCACAGCAUGCAACAACAACCAUCGGGCAGGCUUGUACUACGAGUCAAGGACUGGCUGCCAGCAGACCCCUGCUCCCUGCUCCCUGAGGGUGUUCCAGCCUGGGCCACCAAUCUAGAGUCAGAGCGUCAAGCAGAUCUGGAGCUGAGUGAGGAGCAGCGGCUUCUGAUCUCUAAGGAACUGGUCAACCUUCAGAUCACAACCCAUCGCCUGAAGGAGCAGCAUGAAGCUGAAGUUUUUGAGCUGAAGAAGGAGGUCCUUCGCCUGGAGAGCCGGCUGCUAGAGCUGGAGCUACAUGGAGAUCGUGCCCGGCCAGGGUGCACAGCCCCAACAGAGUCCAACCCAGCUCACCCCCAGGCACUGGCACAAGAGUGCAAUCAGGAAGCCAAGGCACCUGAAUGCAUGGAUCACCGCAGACUUCAGCUGCUAGGAGGCUGGGAGCAGCUGCAGGGAGAAGUGAAGCAGGUGCUGGAGCAUCACAAAGCCCAGCAGCAGGCAAUAGAGACACAGAUGGCAGCCCUGGGCCAACAGCUUCAAGAAGCCCAAAAGGAUGCCAGGGCAGCCAGACAGCAACUGGCUGCACAAGCUGUGGUGCUAUCCACCUGCCAGGACCAGCUCUGCCAAACCAAGGCUGAGAAUGCCCAGCUGCAGUUGCAGCUGAAGAAGUUAAAUGAAGAGUAUGCCAUCCGGCUGCAGCAUUGUGCCCAAGAAGUGGUGAAAUACACCAAUGGUACAAGCCAAGAAGCCCUUCAGACGUUCCUAGAGGCCACUCUGGAGAACAUCCGGGGAGCACACCGCAGCCGUGAGCAACAGCUGGCACAGGCUGCUCGGGUCUACCGCAGACGUUUGGCAGAUCUGAGCUGUAGACAUGAGAAACUAUUGAUCACUUGCAGUAUGCAGCAGAAACAGCCCCAGGCACUGGCAGACCCCAGCAUGGCACCUGGAACCCUCAAGUCUACUUUUGUUGCAACCACUGAUCUGAAGCCGCUGCCCAUGCACCUGGUCACUGAGCUCAGUCACCUGCAGGAGGUUGAGAAGGGACCCGGUGAAGUCUCUCAGGGGGGUGCAACACAACCACAAGGUCUAGAUAAUGCAUCCUGGGUCCAGAUCUGCCAGAAGCUCCGAGACUUCUCCCAAGGCACUCAGGCAGAGCUGGAACAUGAGCGGGCACAGCUGUUGGUCAGGGCCACUGUGGCUGAGGAACAACUUUCUGAGCUCCAGGAGUAUGUGGACCAGCAUCUGGGCAGGUACAAGCAGGAAAUCCUGAGACUGAGGAAGCUAGUGGGUGCAGAGGUCCCCUGCAAAGUGGGAGCCACACCUGCAGCCAAGCCCUAGCAUUCAAGGACUCACAGCCACGAAACCACUAGGCAGUCUCCUGAAAAGCACAGAGCAGACCUCGGCACAGCCAGCAUGAACACCUCCCCAAACCCCAGUCUUACCCAAUGGAGUCACCCCUCCCCUGUACUCUCUAUGAAAGAAGUUAACACAAGACCCAUGAAGUUUUUAUUGUGUCCAGUCAGCUAACCUGGGAAACGGGGGCCCUUGAGGACUGAGGUAGAAAUGGGUCCUGGGGUGGCUUUGAAAGUUAAUUCCCAAGAUGUCAGAGGUGGCCCAUCACCAUGGAUGUCAUAAGCCCAAACUCGGUCCAGGCCUUCACCCACCACAGUCACAGGCUGCCAAGUGGGGAGAGGGAAACGCCCAGACACGACACGGGCCCCUCUGGGCAGUUCUGCCUGCAGCUUAUUCUCUAGGAGUGGAAGCUGUUGGAGAAAGUAGUAGGAAAAUGCGCAUGGGGCAGCAGACCCAGCAUCCAUCCUCAGUCCCCUAAACUCCCACAAAUAGCCAGGGUAUGGCCCAGCCUCCCAGUAGGGCAGUUGACCCCAGACCUACCACACUGGGGGCCAGGAAUACAGAUACGUUGUAGCAGUCUCUCAGGCUAACCUGUGGGAGGAGGCAGCCACCUUGCAGAGGAAGAGGGCUAGCGGGCAGGAGGUCCAAGCAGUUUCAGAAUCCUGGCCCCCAAUUCACCCUGCUGGCAGAAGCACCUGACAAAAGCCAAGCUAAAAGCGUGGGGAUGGAGUCCAGGUGUGGGGUCUGAGGACCUUACAUUACCUUCCAAAGAUCCUCCCGUAGGUAGCAGACACUGUGCGCGCAGCCAGCCUUCCAGGCGCGCAGCCGCGCCAGUCCCAAGAGCCAUGGGUUCAGCUCAUACCCCACAGCUGGACGGAGCCCGCACCUGUGGGCCGCCAGCACCUACAGGCACCGAAAUGGGGACCGGGAGGUCGGAGUGGGGCCAGAGACACAGAUACGGACACACUCGCACACGUUAGCCUUACAAUUCUGCCAUCACCAGAGCCCAGAUCCACCAUUUUUCCGGGGCGGCCUCGCAGCAGCGACAUCACAUGCUCAACUUGCCGGGCGCUCGCACCUACGUAGGGCACCUGGAAAGGAAGUGGGCGGGCUGAGGUAGGAACCUGUACGCCACUUGAGUCCCUCGCAGAUCUUCCUCGAAUUACUGGGGAAUGUAGGGCUUGCCUGCUAGGCUACUAGUUUUCUGCCUACCACACCUACCAGGCAACAACCAACUACAAGCUCACAUCUGAGCUCCAUCUUUCAUGCAUCUGGGAGAUUUUGCACCUCCGUGCGUCCAGUCCACAGUCCAGAUCCCACUUAGCUUCACCUACAGCUCUUUUUACACCGCUUAUGCCACGCCUCUUCCUGGCCCCACCCAGUCCCGGUCACACCCACAGACCCAGGCCUUGAACUAUUACUGGUUCGGCCAGCCCGUCCAGCACCUGCAGCCGCAGCGGCACCCGACGGAAGCCAGGUUGAAGCAGUAGAGCCCACACAGCAUAAGCCGCUAAUCCGGAUCCAGCUGCCACCUGCAACAGCUCUAGCGCGCCCAGGCGUCGUUCGCGCAGUUCAGUCAAUGCUUCAGCUGGGUCGUCGUGCUCCAUGGCUGCGGCAAAUGUGGCUCAGGGUCGUCCUGCCCAAGGUACCUUCUUGCCUGUAGCCCGAGACCCUCGCCCCUGCCCAGAACUGGAGGGGUCGCUCUUCCUAUCCUCUCCGCCCCGUGCCCACUGGAGGUAGGGGGCCGUGACGGCAACCGCAGACGGGGCAGAGGCGGUGGCUAGACGCCGGAAGUUCUACGGGGCACGCGCGCCUGGUCCGUUGUGCGUCUGGCUCCGUCCGGCUCCGUCCAGGCCCCUCCCUUGAGUUCCGGGCAGCAACGCCUUAGGGUCACGAUCUGCUCUGCUCAGAGCUUGCAGCAGGUGGCACUUCGCAACUUGUGUUGCAGAAAUCCCGGGAGGGGGAUGAGUCCCCAACUUCAUGGAACACAUUCUACCGCGGAGAUGGUGCACAAGAGCAGGCAGGGACUGGCUCCCCGGGGGCGGGAAAGUGCCCACCCCUGCAGGCCCUGGGCCAUAGCCAAAACCCCAUGUGACUGUCUCAGGGAGUCCAGGUCACCGUAGAAGCCAGCCAGACCCAGAGUGCCACCAGGGAAAACGGGCUUUGGGUUUCCUCCCAUUGCUAGGACAGGCGGGAAACUGGAUUGCGCGUGGGGAAGAGAGGUCUGAAGGAGAGGGGUAAAGAGCAGGGGCUUGACAAAGAUUUAGUGGGCAAAAAGACAGAUGUUGGCUCUAUAAUGAAAGUGGUGGGAGGGGAGCCGGAUGUGAGAGGCUGGGUUCUGGCAGCUGGCCCAGCAUGAGUUGAAAGGCAUCUUCAGAAGAGAGGCAGAUCGCCCUCCUCCAGAAAAAAAAAAAAAAAAAAAAAAAAAAAUUGAGGGGUAG